GUCACAAUUCCAACAAACUGCAACCAUGAAGACAUGGAUCGUUCUACUCGCUUUAAUAGCCUUUCUAGACCAAUCGAUGGGUCAAACCCAACGGACAAGGAUUACUCGGAAUAGAAACCACCAAAAAACAGUUAAAAGUAUUAAGCAAAUGAUGGCCAAUACAGGUGCCAGAUAUAUUCCGGCAGCCAGAAGACAAUCAGUGGCCACAGAGAUCCUGGGAAACGAUGAUAACUUGGAGUACUUUGGCGAAAUAUCAGUUGGGACACCGCCGCAAGUUUUCAAUGUGAUAUUUGAUACAGGAUCGUCCACCUUGUGGUUCCCGAGUGUCAAGUGCUUCACUUGCAGUCCCCAAAGGAUGUAUAAUUCCAGUGCCUCCAGUUCGUAUGUUCCGGAGGGACAUAACUUUUCCAUUCCCUACGGAAGUGGGAGUCUAAAGGGAUUCUUCUCCAUUGAUACUGUCCGCAUGUCAGGCUUGACUGUCAAGUCUCAGGUAUUUGGUGAGGCCACCUCAGAGACGGAUUCAUUCUCUGGCAUGGGAAUCCUGGGACUGGCCUUCAACGAUCUCAACUUCGGCAUAAACACACUGUGGGACAACAUGAUUGAGCAGAAGUUGGUCAGGCAUCCGGUGUUCUCCUUCUACCUCAGUCGCAAAGGAACCUCUGACUUUGGCGGUGAAGUCAUCUGGGGCGGCAUCGACCAUCGGAUCUACAGCGGCUACCUCACCUACGUGCCGGUCUCUAUGCCUGAAUAUUGGCAGUUCACCGUGAACUCCGUGGAUAUUGGUAGGGAGUACGGAGACCGAGUUUGCACGGGAUGCCAGGCCAUUGCUGACACUGGGACCAGUUUACUUGUGGUUCCAGAGCCUGCCUACCGGAAGAUCAAUCUUCUCUUAAAUGCCACCGACGAUGGAGAUGGCUUGGCCUUUGUGCCCUGCAAAAGUGUUUGUUAUCUGCCCAAUGUCUAUCUGGAUAUUGGUGGUACUAUCUUCACUCUGAUGCCUAAGGACUAUCUCAUCAGAGCAAAAAGUAAUGGGCGGCCUGUGUGCGUUUCUGGCUUUGAGUAUCUGCAGGGAAAUCUGUACUGGAUUCUGGGUGAUAUCUUCAUAGGCAAGUUCUACACGGUGUUCGAUAUGGGCAAUGAGAGGAUUGGCUUCGCUGAGGUCAACGAGGGACCAAGGUUUGAUACGAGGUACUAUUUAUAAAAAGUGGAUUUAUAUCCGUAUUUAAAAUAAAUAAAUAUAUGGUUUUAAAGUCGUAUUUUCUAGAGCCAGAAUAUACUUUAUGACCUUUAAAUUUUA